AUGAAAUUUGCCUGUUGUUCAUCUUCAAAAGGAUAUUUUACUGCUACUGUUCUACUACAGGUUUGCAGCAUUUUUUAUGGUGUCAACAUCAGGUAAGAAUACUAUGUUUUUACAUCUGAAGAAACGAAGGUCAAUUUGCAGUAAAUUGAGAUUUUCUACUACCACGGACAACGUUUAAUCUAUUACAACCGUUUCUAGAAUGCCUUUAUCAAAGCAGAAAACGUAUGCCAGAUUUAAUGUUGGUAAAUAUAUCAAGCAAGCAAAAACCGUAAGAGACAACUUAUCAGAGUGCAAUGAGAAUAUUCGGAAAGAAAAAUUAAAGUACGAAGUUGGUAAAGCUAAACUGAAAAGACUUCAGUUAAAGGUAAAUGAUUUAGAAAGUUUGGAUACCAUGCAUAUUUUUUUAAAUGUGUAUUGCCUAUAUGGCUUUUUACUUUGAACACAUGAACUGUUUUCUCCAAGAUAUAUAGCAGCAGAACUGGUUAAUAAUUAUUAACAAUUAGGGCAUGUUGUAUGGAGCAAGCCAGCAUGUGUACACGAGCUAGCUUGCUUGCUGAGAUCUAAUGUCGAUAUGUAAGGCAAAAAAAAAAUGUGGGUUUCCGGUUUCUUCUUAUAAAAACUUAGGUAGGGUAGGUCGGUUAACUUUUUUUAAAACUUUUUUUUUAAAUUUUCCUAACAACCGGACGCCAUUUUGUUUAGUCAGUGCUUCCACAUCCAAAGAUAAAUUUUCCUAAUAUUGCCUCAAAUUUCAAUUUUCCACAAACUUUUUCCUGUAAGUAGAAACACUUACAGGCAUGAUCCAAUAAAAAAGUUUAGGGUCGGGAUUUCGACGUCCAAAAGCUAGGUAGGGUCGGGAAACCGGAAACCCACAUAUUUUUUUUUUGGCCUAAUUCAUAGUAAUAUUUAUCUUGCAUUUAGAGCUAGCCCACCUAGGGAGAUCUCACUUUGCGCUCUUGUUCUAAAUAAGAUUUUCUCAACAGCUUUCAAUCUUUAAAUGUCUUUGUGAAUGAUUAUGUGGGCUAUAAUCGUGAAAGUUGUUUGUGAAAGUGAGAAAAUAUACACUAUUUAUAGCGGUGAGCAAGUUGUUUGUUUUGGCUAGCCAGCCUGCCUGAUGUAAACACAAAAUGAAAUCAGCCCAGCAACGCGAGCUAGCUUGGGUACCCAGGCUGGCUCACCUCGGCAUAUAAACACCCCCUUAGUAAACUUUCAAAUGAUAAAAUCCUUUUUUAUGGCCAGGUGAAAACAUUUAUUUUAUCAAUUUCAAAUAUUUUCUAUGUAGAUAAAUGAGACAAAUGCAAAUGUAGCCACCCUUCAACAAGGUCUUGGGGAUGAAAACACAGAAAUUUCUUGCAAAGACCAGUUCCUUUCAUCCAUUUCUGUGUCGAGAAGAAGAAAGCAACCGAGUAAUGAAAACAUGACAAUCCGGACCAAAGUAAGGAGAACUAAAGAAACCUAUAAUGCUGCCUUGGAAAUCCAUGGAGGUACAGAGGAAAAUUCAAGGCCAGCAGCAUAUGGACUUGUGUAAACUCUUCUCAGUGAGUUCUCGAAUGGUAUUGCUGCUUCAACUAUAUGUAAGAAGCCUAAGUUAGCUAAGAACAUUGCUGCGAAAGUUCACAAGGAUGCUUGUAUCACAUACGAGAACAGUACAGACAAUAUGCUCAGAAGUGUUGCAGUCUAUUAUACUAUGGGUGUAAUGGGCAAACGAAAGUAUAUAAGAGUACGUAAAGCUCUUUCAUUUAAAAAUGCAUCUGCAUCUAAAGUCACUAAAUUGAAAAUAGCAAAGUGUUCUGUUGCUUCCUUAGUGCCAUAUUAUAAGCUUGUGAAAUACCUAAAUGGUUUAGACAUAGGCAAUUUGUAUUCUGUUGAGGAAGAGUUGUGCCAAAAUUUCAAUGACACUGACAACAUAAGUGGUUUAUUCCGUGAUAUUAAGGAGUUUCUCCCAAAGUUGGCAGAAUUUUAUCUUAAAAUGUAUAAGUCUGAAGACUUUAACUGGUUUGGCCAGCCAUAUACUUUUAAGGUGGCUAUUGGGGGUGAUGGAGCACCUUCUGGCAAGCAUGACCAAUCAUGUGCAUGGCUGAUUAGCUUUCUAAAUAUUGGUAAGCGCUUUCUAAGUAGUGAAGAUAACUUUUUAAUCUUCAGAGCCAACUGUCCUGAAACCUGUGAUGCAGUUAAGACAUAUAUUUGCAAGCUUGUUACUGAUAUUCAGUACAUGGAGACAAAUGUUUUCAAAGUAAAUUAUAUCAAUGUAAAAUUCACAUUUUCGGAACUUCCAACGAUAUGAAAAUGUUAUGCUUUUUAGCGGGUGAGCGGAGUAAUAGCGCAACAUACUUUUCAACAUUUGGAACUGUUUCUGUUGCUGACAUGGCUAACCUAAAUUUCAGUUUUGGUCAAGCAAAAAAUUGUGAAUGGAAUCCAUGGAAUUAUGACAAGCAUUUGUUGGUAGUUAAGCAUGUUGAGGCAUUGAAGAAAAAACUAGAGAAGGCAAAGGGUUCAGAAAAAACUAAGAGAGCUAAGAUAACAUCUUUAAUUGCACAAAUGCAGUCCAGGCAAGAGUUUGUACCUAGGAUAGGUAGGUUUAUUGACAGGGCGCAUGUCGAACUGCUGCAUUUAAAAAACAAUCUCUGCACCUUAAUGCAUCGAAAAAUUCUAGAAUAUGCUAUAGGGGUUUCUAAACUUCCUCAAAAUGUAAAUGUUUGUAAGGAUGUAGUUCCGGAAUCACCUUUUGCUAGGUUAAUUCGACAGUCUCAAAACUAA